AUGCGCUUCUCACUCGUUGCCACACUUGUUACUGUCCUGGUUGACUCAGCCUCUGCAUUCGCCAUCCCGUGGAAGGCAUCCCCAAAGCAGCCUCGCCACGACCCGUUUAUUGGUAAACGGGCCGCCAACGAGACGCUCGACGGCUAUGACUACGUCGUCGUCGGCUCCGGCCCCGGCGGUGGUCCGGUAGCUGCCAACCUUGCCAUCGCCGGCUUCAAGGUGUUGUUGAUCGAUGCCGGAGGAGACUCGGGCGACUCCUGGACCGAGAAGGUCCCGGCCCUCCAUCUCAUGUCGACCGAGUUCGAAGACACGAGGUGGAACUACUUUGUCAACCACUACCCUGACCCCGAGCAGCAGAAGAGAGACUCUAAGAUGACGUACGAGAUGCCGGACGGCAGCUUCUACGUCGGCCUGGACCCCCCGGCCGAGGCGAAGCCCCUCGGCGUCUGGUACCCGCGCGCCGGCACCCUGGGCGGCUGCUCCCGCCACAACGCCCUCAUCUCGGUCAACGCCCACGACAGCGACUGGUCCAAGAUCGCGGCCCUCACCGGUGACGACUCGUGGGCGCCGGACAACAUGCGGUCCUACUUCCAGAAGCUCGAGAGGAACAUGUACCUGCCCUCGAGCAUCGUCGGCCACGGCUACAGCGGCUGGCUCGGCACCUCGCUCACGUCCCUGUCGCUCGUCGUCGAGGAUCAGAAGCUGCUGUCGCUCAUCGUCGCGGCGGCCUCGGCCAUGGGGAAGAGCCUCCUCGGCCUCCUGCUCAACACCGUCGCCGGGCUCGGCCAGGUCCUGCUCCGGGACAUCAACGCGCCGGGCCAGACGAGCGAGACCGGCCUUUACCAGGUCCCGCUGGCCAUGACCGACUCCAUCCGCGGCGGCCCCAGAGACUUGAUCUUGGACACGGCCAAUGCGGUUAACUCGGACGGAUCACGCAAAUAUCACCUCGACAUCAAGCUCGAUACUCUCGUCACCAAGAUCCGCUUUGAUGAGAGCGGCGACAAGCCCCGCGCUGUUGGAGUAGACUUCCUGGAGGGAUCCAGCCUCUACCGCGCCGACCCCCGUUCCGGCUUGGCCUCCCCCUCGGGAUCCGGCAGCGUCGACGCCAAGCGCGAGGUCAUCAUCUCCGCCGGCGCCUUCAACACGCCCCAGCUCCUCAAGCUCAGCGGCAUCGGCCCCAAGGCGGAGCUCGAGUCGUUCGACAUCCCCGUCCUGGUCGACCUCCCCGGCGUCGGGACCAACAUGCAGGACCGCUACGAGGCCACGGUGAUCGGCAAGACGACGAGCGACUUCGUCAUCACCAGCAAGUGCACCUUCUUGGAGACGUCCCCGGACCCUUGCCUCGAGCAGUACCAGGAGGGCCUCGAGCCCGUCUCCAAAGGCGUCUACGCCACCAACGGCAUCGCCAUCGCCAUCGUGCUCAAGUCCUCCGUCGCCGAGGACGAGCCCGACCUUUUCAUCUCGGGCGCGCCGGCCAAGUUCAAGGGCUACUUCCCGGGCUACGCCUCCGACUCGCUCGCCGACGCGCAGCACUGGGCCUGGAUCGUCCUCAAGGCGCACAGCCGCAACAACGCCGGCACUGUCACCCUCAGGUCGACCGACCCUAGGGACAUGCCCGCCAUCGACUUCAACUACUACGACGCAGGCGUCAACGGCGCCGGCGAGGCCGACAAGGAUCUGCAAGCCACGUACGAGGGGUUCGAGUUCUCCCGCCGGGCGUUCGACAGCCUCCUCCCGCUCGACGGGAGCUUCCCAGAGGUCUGGCCCGGCGGCAACGUCACGAGCGAGGAGGACGCCAAGCAGUUCCUCAAGGACGAGGCGUGGGGCCAUCACGCGUCGUGCACCUGUCCCAUCGGGCCCGACGACGACCCCAUGGCCGUCCUCGACUCGAGCUUCAAGGUCCGCGGUACCGACGGUCUGAGGGUCGUCGACGCCAGCGUGUUCCCCAAGAUCCCCGGCUUCUACAUCGCUCUGCCGCUGUACAUCGUGUCGGAGAAGGCGAGCGAUGUCAUCAUCCAGGAGGCUCAGGCGUCGGCUGCUUGAAGCAUGUCCACGUCGUUCCGACGCGGGGCUGCGCUGGUCGUGCAGUGCAGCAAACGAAUAGCCAUCAAAUUUAUGCAACAAUAUCCCAUAGUUCUGAGUUAUUAAUACCCACACACAUGACAACUUCGCUUCCAUCAAUGCAUUCUCUAAGCUGUUGCGGACCGAGUGCAUAUACAAUGAUGAAAGAAGUUCGUUGCUUCGAGCUGCAUUAGGUGAACAUGGAGUGGUUACACAGAUUGACAAAGUAUCUAUCUAGUCAAUCAAGACAUAAAAGCCGCUUGAAUCUAGUUUCCAUAGUUUGUGACUUUGACGUCUGACUCUAGUCGGACGCCCUUUGCAUCAAUACAACUCUGAAGUGUUGGUUGACAUCGAGUCUAGCGCUUACUCUCUUCCAUAAUGGCUACUAAUAACCCCUUGUCACAACGUAUAAGUCUCUACACCAACACCCCGCAACGACUACACUGCUAUUUUGCCUACUAUCUUCUAUAAAAGUGAUCAGUAAUAUCUUCAAACAGACUAGUAGUAGGCUUGUAUAAACGUCCUGUCGUGACUAUUGCCAGUCCAUACUACUACGCUUGAGCUUUUACAGCUUUUUCUAGCCCUUGCCAAAAGAAUGACAAUGACAGGACGGAACAAGGGUUCCCACGUGGAUGAAAGUCGGAUGACAAACAAUGGGUAGUAUUGAAUCGACAGUUUUACGGUUCUGCUGACAUUACUUAUAGAAGUCGUCUUUCUGCUAGCUCCUCAAGUCACUCGUUAGGAUCAGCACAAACAUAACACCCAAGGCCAGGUCAAGUCAUGCAGCUGCAGCUACACGUGGCACAGAUACUCAAACCUGCGUGCCAUCUGACGUUGUUCCCCUCACUAGCGACCCACUGAGGCUCAAAUCAUUCCCGGUCGUUUUGUGCCGCGGAUGCAUUCACUGCAUGGCUCCGUGGAGUAAAUGUUUGGGCUGCUCAUCAACCGACCAGCGUCGAUCGUUUGAGGCUCCGGGACUGUUACUCUGCAUAAUAGUCUAACCAUACGCCUGCCCAUCGGAGACGCUUAGGGCUGGUGGGCCAGGAAUGGCUCUGAAGCCUCCAAGUCCUCGUCAAUGGAUAAACACUUCCCCUGUGGACAGACCCGCGGGACAUGUUUUCUCCU